AUGGUCCGGUCAACGCAGAUUGCACGGAUAGAUGGCCUUAUGCUGGCCGCCUCAGUUGACGAUGAGCAGGCCGAGGCCGAGCUUUCAGAAGUGAAGACUCAAGCAAAGAUGAUUUUCCGUCGCUUGAGUCGCAAUGCAGCACCAGAAGCUAGUAUUGAGUCGGGACAAUAUAAUCUCCACUACAUCAUCAAAGAUGACAUCUGCUUCCUCUGUAUCUGCGAUCGUUCCUACCCCCGCAAACUUGCAUUCACCUACCUCGCCGACCUCGCAACCGAGUUCACCACCACCUACUCCCCCUCCCAGUAUCAUUCCCCCAACCUGCGACCGUAUGCAUUCGUCGAAUUCGACACCUUCAUUCAGCGCACCAAGAAGACAUACCAGAACAGUCGUGCCGCCCAGAAUUUAGACAAGCUGAACGAUGAGCUCCGGGAUGUCACAAAAGUCAUGACCAAGAACAUCGAAGACCUCCUAUACCGUGGAGAUAGUCUUGAGCGGAUGGGUGAGAUGUCUGGGCGCUUACGGGAGGACAGCAGGAAGUACAAGAAGGCAGCAGUGCGGAUAAACUGGGAGCUGUUGCUAGAGCAGGUUAGUAGAUCCUCCUUUAAUCUGGCAGGUAUCAGCGAGUGGAAAGCUGACCUGCACAAUCCAGUACGGACCGGUUGCAGGAGUCGGGUUUUUCAUCUUUAUGCUCUUGAUUUGGUGGCUUUUCUUUUAGUUCAAUACCUGAUGCCAAUCGAUAUCCCCUUCGUAUAG